AUGCAGGAUGGAAUUAUGGCAACCCAUGAUGAGGAAACUCGUCGUUUUUUCAAACAUUCAUCUGUUCAAGUGCUACUUUGUCCUCGCAUUGCUGGGAAAAAACAUAGCUGGGUCAAGCAAAGGGAGGUUGGAACAAUUUAUACACAUCAUCAGAAAACUGUAAUUGUAGAUGCUGAUGCUGGCAAUAAUAGAAGAAAAAUCAUAGCUUUUGUUGGUGGACUUGAUUUAUGUGAUGGUCGAUAUGAUACUCCAGAUCAUCCUCUAUUUAGGACGCUACAUACUGUGCACAAAGAUGACUAUCACAACCCUACUUUCACUGGUAGUGUCACAAAUUGCCCCAGAGAACCAUGGCAUGACUUGCACAGCAGAAUAGAUGGCCCAGCAGCAUAUGAUGUUCUAACUAACUUUGAGGAGCGUUGGAUGAAGACUGCAAAACCGAAGGGGAUUAAAAAACUAAAAACAUCAUAUGAUGAUGCUUUACUCAGGAUAGACAGAAUUCCAGACAUUGUAGGUGUUUUUGAUACUCCUUCCGUUAGUGAGGAUGAUCCUGAAGCUUGGCAUGUUCAGAUUUUUCGAUCAAUUGAUUCAAACUCUGUGAAAGACUUCCCAAAGGAUCCAAAGGAUGCCACGAAAAAGAUUGCUGAGAAAAUCAAAGCGAAUGAGAGAUUUGCUGCCUACAUUGUUGUUCCAAUGUGGCCAGAGGGUGUUCCAACUGGUGCUGCUACGCAAAGGAUUUUAUAUUGGCAGCAUAAAACUAUGCAAAUGAUGUAUGAGACAAUUUACAAGGCUCUAGUGGAGGUUGGACUUGAGGAAGCAUUCUCACCGGAGGAUUUUUUGAACUUCUUCUGUCUUGGUAAUCGUGAAUCCAUAGAUGGAUUUAGUACUUCAGGCAUGUCAAGUCCCUCAAGUUCACACAUUCCUCAGGCAUUUAGUCAGAAAAGCCGGCGGUUCAUGAUUUAUGUUCAUUCAAAAGGGAUGAUAGUUGAUGAUGAGUAUGUAAUACUGGGAUCUGCAAACAUAAAUCAGCGGUCGAUGGAUGGCACUAGAGACACUGAGAUUGCAAUGGGAGCCUACCAACCUCAACAUACCUGGGCAAGAAAACAAUCUAAUCCACUUGGACAGAUCCAUGGAUAUCGGAUGUCUCUCUGGGCAGAGCAUACUGGAGUUACUGAGGACUGGUUUACAAGGCCAGAGAGUCUUGAAUGCGUUCGGAAGAUUAGAACAAUGGGGGAGAUGAAUUGGAAACAAUUUGCUGCUGAGGAGAUAACGGAGAUGAGAGGGCACCUGCUAAAGUACCCUGUUGAAGUUGAUCGAAAGGGAAAGGUGAGGCCUAUUCCUGGAUCUGAAACUUUCCCAGACGUGGGAGGAAAUAUAACAGGUUCGUUUCUCGCAAUUCAGGAGAAUCUGACUAUCUAA